AUGAACAAAGAGUGCUUGCAAGUGUGGUUGGAUGGGGAUUUCACACCCUGUUUUCGCGAGAGCAUUCUGGAUACCAUUCUCCCUCUCUUCCUCUUGAAAUGUUCAGCAUUCUUGAUUAUCAAAGCACUAUGGCGACACAGACGAUCGACAUUUAGACCAUUGACAUUGGCUUCUUCGUCAACUUCCAAUCCCACUUACGGAUCGUUAACUGGUUCCAAUGCCUCUGCUGAUGCUGGUGUCAGUUCCGAACGCACGGCUCUCCAGGAUGACCCAUUACCAAAAUGGACGCUGUACAACAUGGCUCGUAUCACAGCAAGUAUCCUGCACAUCGUCAUUGCAGGUACAGCACUCUCACAGCUUGCACACGACGAUUACGUGAUGGAUCCUGUAACUGAAGGCCCAUGGAAGGCGCUCAUCAUUACGGCAUUUGGCGCACAUGGAUUCUAUUGGUUGUAUUGUCUUGUUGCAAGCAUCAGCAUCAUCUUCCUCAAACGAAAGCAGCUGGCCGAUGUCCUUUGCACACACAUGAUUGCUUUACCCAUUGCGGAUUUCUUGCUAGGCCUGGUCAACCUGAGAUCAUUCUAUAUCCAUUCUUCGGAGAGCACAGCCGGGUUUAAGUUUACCACUGCAUCCGUUGCCAUGGAUCUAUUGUUGCUUAUGAUCACCAUUCACGAGGAACGCUAUUUACCACUACGAUUGAAGGAUGAAACAGGACGUUUUGUCUCUGCUGAGAAUCGAGCGUCGCUUUAUUCCCGGUUCCUGUUCAGCUAUAUCAACCCAUUGAUGAAGGAGGGUCACAAGCGCACACUCAAUGAUGAUGAUCUGGAUGAGCUUCCCUACGAGAACAAGGCCAAGAACGCCAUCGCUUAUUAUCGGCAUCAGAAACGAGCCAAGAUGCUAUGGUCCCUUUUACGCACCUUCAAGGAUCCACUCACGGAGCAAUUCUUUUACUGCGUUGUAUGGAGUUUGGCCAUGUUUGGACCACCCUUUGCAUUGAAUCGCAUCGUCAAGUUUAUCGAAGAUCCCAAUGGACAAUCAACCACGACAGCAUUCUUGUAUGUCCUUGGCAUGUUCCUAGCAUCCACCAUCCAAUCAUUAUCCUAUCAACAAGGUCUCUAUAUUGGUCGAGUCAUGGGUAUCCGAAUUCAAUCCAUCGUCAUUGGAGAGGUGUAUGCCAAGGCAUUGAAACGCAAAGAGGAACAGAGUUCACAAAAGGAAUCGGGUGAUAAGCAGCAGCAACAGCAACCAUCCAGAAGCAAUAUCAAUAAUUUGCUUUCCGUUGACGCUCAAAAGAUGGGUGAUCUGGCAGCUUACAUCUUUUACAUUUAUUGUUUCCCGAUUCAAAUCACUGUCAGCAUUUAUUGUCUCUAUCAAUUACUUGGCGUGGCAGCAUUGUAUGGCGUGGUGAUUAUGAUCUUGUCGCAACCUAUCAUUUACAAGCUCAGCAACAUGUUCCAAAAGAUCCAUCGCAAUAUCAUGGGAUUCACCGACAGGCGCAUGAAAUUGGUGAAUGAGAUGCUGGCAGCUAUUCGCAUUGUCAAAUUCUUUGCGUGGGAAAAGGAAUUCCAUAAGCGGAUUAUGGAGGCACGUGAAGUGGAGCUCAAGGGUAUUCGAAAGCGGCUUUUCAUGUACAUGUGGAUGGGCAAUGUAUGGUUUUUGUUGCCAGUCAUCAUCAUGGUGACAGUCUUUUAUGUGUAUACCUUGGACCACGAGUUGACAGCCUCUACCGCAUUCACAGCAUUGGCAUUAUUCAAUACCUUCAAGCAAGCCUUGGAUGACUUGCCUUUGAUCACAUCUUGGUUGUUGCAAGCAAACGUAUCAAUGAAGCGUGUCGAGGAUUUCCUACAACAGGAUGAGGUGGAAACUGUACCAUCAAGCGUACCUUUGGAGCAUAAGACGGCUAUUGGCUUUUUCAACAAUGCAUCAUUUCGCUGGGAAACGGAAGGCGAUGCUCCACCUAUUGUCUCUGAUUUGAACCUUGCAUUCCCACAUGGCAAACUUUCUAUCAUUUGUGGUGCUACUGGAUCUGGAAAGACAACUUUGCUUGCAAGUUUAUUGGGUGAGACGCAUUGCUUAUCAGGUUCCGCCGUACUUCCUCGACGUGCCAAUGGCCCAUUCUCCGGCAUUGCCUAUGUGGCACAAACAGCAUGGUUACAAAAUCGUACCAUCCGCGACAAUAUCUUGUUUGGAUUGCCCUAUGAUAAGGAGCGUUAUGAAAAGGUGUUGUACAUGUGCGCAUUAGUCAAAGAUCUGGAAAUCCUCGAAUUUGGUGACCAAACUGAAGUUGGCGAGCGUGGUAUCACUUUGAGUGGUGGUCAAAAGCAGCGUGUGGCUAUUGCUCGUGCCGUGUAUUCGAAUGCUGAUAUUGUGGUCUUGGAUGAUUGCUUGAGUGCCGUUGAUGCCCAUACCGCCAAACAUCUUUAUGAACAAUGCUUGAUGGGAGAGCUCUUACGCAGCCGUACAGUUAUUCUUGUCACACAUCAUGUAUCAUUGUGUAUCAAAGGCGCUGAUUAUGUGGUGGCAAUGCAUGAAGGCAAAGUCGAAGCUUCUGGCAAACCAGCGGAUGUCAUUGCUACUGGUGUACUAGGCGAAGAUUUUUCACUUUUGGAAGACUCGUCGGAUGAGGAGACAUGUGGUAGUACAGUAGUCAUGCCAACAACAAUAGCAGCAACAGAUGCAUCAUCGCCAUCCUCUUCUGGAUCCAGUAAGAAGCCUGAUACAACAACGCCCAAGAACGACAAUGGCAAUGGUGGUAAACUUGUCCUGGAGGAAAAGCGUGCCGAGGGCAGCGUAUCAUGGAAGGUGUACAGCGUAUACUUUUAUGCAUCGGGUGGUUUUAUCUUUUGGCUUGCUGUGCUACUAUUCUUUGUAUCGACACAAGUGUCCAUCAUGGGUCAAGACUAUUGGAUCAAGGUGUGGUCAUCUGCAUAUGAACAUAAGCGUAAUGCAUCGAUUGUUGUCGCUUCAGCUUUCCAUGCACUUGGUGAAAUCCCAUAUCUCACUCACAACACGUUUUCAGUGGAUUCUGGUCACGAGGACGAGGUUGACGUCAAGUAUUAUCUCGGCAUUUAUUUCAUGAUUGGAAUGAUUUCCUUGACUUUGGCUACACUUCGACAACUCACCUUGUUUACUGGAUCAUUGAGGGCCUCACGUCGUGUGCACGUACAGCUACUGGAUAGGAUAUUACAUGCCAAGGUUCGAUUUUUUGACAGCACACCAUUGGGUCGCAUUGUCAAUCGAUUUUCAUCUGAUAUGGAGACCAUUGAUCAAGCUCUUGCACCCUCUAUGGCAGCUCUUCUCUAUGCUAUUAUUGGUGCUGUGGCAGUUGUUGUAUUGAUCUCAUCCAUUAUCCCAGCAUUCCUCAUUCCUGGUGCUUUUAUUGCUGCUCUCUUUUGGUGGAUCGGCACAUACUACCUUGACACAUCACGUGAUUUGAAACGACUGAAUGCCGUCUCGCGCAGUCCCAUCUAUGUCCAAUUUCAUGAAAGUGUCAAUGGUGUAGCCACAAUCCGUGCUUUUGGAUGUCAGCAGCGCUUCAUUGAGGAGAAUUUCGAAAAGAUUGAUAACAACAAUCGACCCUUUAUCUGGAUGUGGACAUCGAAUCGAUGGUUGCAUUGUCGUGUGGAUAUCCUUGGUGCGCUAGUUGGCUUCUGUACAGGCUUCACAUUGAUUAUGGCGCAUGGAUCAGUGCAAGCAGGUCUUGCAGGCUUGGCUUUGAGCUAUUCAUUGAUCUUUACAAGAAGCAUUUUAUGGACCGUACGACAAUACGCCAUGUUUGAAAUGAAUUGCAAUUCGAUUGAACGUGUGCAAGAGUAUCUCAACAUUGAACAAGAACCUGCUGCACGCACCAAUGUCAUACCUCGUCCCCAAUGGCCAGAGACUGGCGCUGUCAAUGUACAAGAUUUGGUAAUGCAAUAUGCACCUGAUACGCCUGCUGUAUUACGGGGUCUUUCAUUUGAGACACGUCCACGUGAAAAGAUUGGUAUUGUGGGUCGCACAGGAUCUGGAAAAUCAACAUUGGCAUUAUCUAUGUUUCGGUUUAUGGAAGCGACAAGUGGGUCCAUCACGAUUGAUGGCGUGGAUAUCAGCACACUUGGAUUGGAGGAUUUGAGAUCACGCUUGACGAUCAUUCCACAAGAUCCCAUCUUAUUCACGGGCACGCUACGUAGCAACAUGGAUCCAUUUGGAGAAUACGAUGAUGCAGAAUUGUAUGCAGCACUCAAACGUGCACAGCUUACGGAUGUCGAAAGCUUGGAUACCGCUGUAGCUGAAAAUGGUAGCAAUUGGUCUCAAGGACAACGGCAAUUGAUCGCAUUAGCCCGUGCACUUGUCAAACGAUCAUCUCUCAUUAUCUUGGACGAGGCUACAUCAUCCGUUGACUUUACCACGGAUCAGAAGAUCCAGCAAACCAUUCGUCGUGAAUUUGUCAACUCGUCACUUUUAUGCAUUGCUCACCGUAUUCGCACUGUGGCCGACUAUGAUCGGAUUCUUGUAUUGGAUCAAGGUCGCGUAGUGGAGUUUGAUACACCAUUUGCAUUAAUGACUCGAGAUGGCAGCCUGUUCCAACAAAUGUGCGAGCGUAGUGGUGAAUUUUCCGAGCUAUUGGCGAUUGCUAAAGCCAAGCAUGAUAACGAUAGCAACCAGUCAUAG